UCGAUUGGUCCCUUUGCGUGGCGCCCUCUCCCGCUUGGGGUGAGGUGCUGCAAUGCUGGUGGGGUCAUUCAAACCCCCAGAAGUGAGCCUCUACUUUAGUCAAUCCUCUCUGGUUUCCACUGAUGUUCGAAUAAACCGGGAAAAGUGGAAGUUACGAAAAAGUGCAUCAAAAGAAAGUGAAGUGUUAAUUAAAUAAUUACAUUGUGCCAGUGAGACAUUCCAGUGUGUAUGGGAAUUGUAUUUAUCGAGAAUGUGACAGCAAUUGAAUUUUUUUAAACGGCAAUUCUCGGAACUAUGCCGGCGUCAUAACCAUUAUUUUCGCUGGCGGGAAAGUGUUUACCAUCGUAUUGUGUGUGAUAAGUGCUGUUUUCUUACGUUUUUGUAUGUGCAAAAAUGUCGUCAACCCACGGAUAUACACCUAAUUAUUUCUCGAUAAGUGAUAUACUGGCGACGGAGGAAAGAAUUUCGUGCCAAUUGGAAAUGCCGUUGCCACGUUUGGGUUUCUUGGAUGCAUCAUCCGAUUCUGAUGACUUGAAAGUCGGUACUAAACUGGAAUUUCCAUUCUGGUUAGCCCAAUCAUUGCAUUGCAGAAGACGUCCAGUCGUCAGUGUUGAAAUUCCGAAAUUUUACAAGGAAGGCUACCGGGAAAUAUUAGAGGCUGAUGCGAGUGCAGUAACUCUGAGCAAAUGGAGUCAACAUUAUUAUGAGUUAGGAAUGCUUGUAAGACAGUUCAAUCAUCGUGACUGUGAGAGAAUCAUAGAAAGUCUUGCACUGACAUUCAGAUCUCGAGUUAGAUUGAUAAUGGAUUGGGCCCAGAAUCCAAUGCCAGAUCCCACUCUAGCUGGUCAACUGCCAAUCCUCGAAAGGAAUUUAUAUAUUUCAGGGCGAAAAUCAAGGGAACUUUUAAUAGCAUGGUUAAAGCAGGGUGGUGGAAAUAUCGAGACAUCUGAAACAGUCUCGAAUCUCCUAAGAAAACGUAAACGAGCUGAAUUUGAAUCUAAGGAUUGAAUGGAAUGGAAUCCUAUAGUAAAUCACAUAUCCCUUUAUUCAAUUAUAUAAACAUCGAAUUCGUAAUUAAAUAACAAAUAAAAAUUAUUAUAUAUACAACUAAGGCCCGGUUGCACCAAGUCCUGGUAAUUAUUCAACUCCCAGGGCUAAUCCUCGUUUUUUACGUCAACUUAUAGAGUUGGCUUAACAGUUAACUGGUGCAACAGGGUCUAGAGCAUGAAAUUGUAAACGAGCGUGAACAUGAUUAGGUAACAAAUAUUUCUGUAACAUUCCUUGCCUUCUAAUUCACAACCCGGCGCUAAUUAUUUGAAAAAUCAUCGAAUGCUUCGAAAUUAAUGAAUUUAUCAAUGAGUGUGAAUACCUCUCCCUCAAAACUGAUAUAUCAAAUAUAUUUUCUCGUUCCUAUGAAGAGCCAAGCAUUAUUUGCUUCGAAUUUAUUUCACGUACCGCAAAAAUUAAAUAUCAACGAAUCCUUAAAUUAGUAUAAAAUUAAUUCUUCUAUCCCUGAUGCAAUUUUUAAAUAUUACUUGAGAUUAUCUCUUUACGAAAAUAUAUCUCUGAAUAAUUGAGAGCACUCUAACAUCUUAAUAUUAAUUAGUAUUGCUUUCAUGUCCGGCCAAAAUGUGCACCAACUUUCCGUGAAAUUAUUUUCACACUCGACACCCUUUUAUGGAUCGAAUAAUAAGUUAGAAUAAUUGUUCGUAAAUGAAACUUUGGAAUCUGUUAUUCACCUGAUUUCUCAGAAUUCCCUGAAUCUUGUCGGCUGAUUCUACUAAAUUAAAUUGCAUUGUAGCGGCUUACAUCGUCAAAGAAUAAUCAAAGUUCUCUUCGAAUUGCUUAAACAGUAACAAUCUACUUUAUAAAAUUAUAUACAUCAUCAACAGUAUAUUUAUAUAUGCGUAUAAUGAGCUCGUACAUAUAACUGCAUUAUCGGAAUGGCAAUUUCAAAGUAUAUCAUGAAAAAUAUUUUUCAAUUUAAUAAUUCGAUGCCUUUAAGACACAUCUAUCAAAAAUAUACCUUCAA